CCCCUUUUCCAGAAUCACUUGUACCGGCUUGUUCUUGAAUGAGAAGAAAAGAAAAGAGACUCCCGUUACUCAUACUCGUGUAAACAUCUUUCCACCCUCCCCAGGAGAAAACGGUGUUCUUUAAAUGAAUCAUAGUAAAAUAGUGUCUAAACAGUUUCUAAGCAGAAGCCUCAGUGGAACUCAGCGCUCCGCCUCUCCCAGUUCCUACGAGGUCCCAGGAUUCUUGAGCUGUGCCCAGCUGACGAGCUUUUGAAGAUGGCACAAUAACUGUCCAGUGAUGCCUGACCAUGACAGCACAGCCCUCUUAAGCCGGCAAACCAAGAGGAGAAGGGUUGACAUUGGAGUGAAAAGGACGGUAGGGACAGCAUCUGCAUUUUUUGCUAAGGCAAGAGCAACGUUUUUUAGUGCCAUGAAUCCCCAAGGUUCCGAGCAGGAUGUUGAGUAUUCAGUGGUGCAGCAUGCAGAUGGGGAAAAGUCAAAUGUACUCCGCAAGCUGCUGAAGAGGGCGAACUCAUAUGAAGAUGCCAUGAUGCCUUUUCCAGGAGCAACCAUAAUUUCCCAGCUGUUGAAAAAUAACAUGAACAAAAAUGGUGGCACGGAGCCCAGUUUCCAAGCCAGCGGUCUCUCGAGUACAGGCUCCGAAGUACAUCAGGAGGAUAUAUGCAGCAACUCUUCAAGAGACAGCCCCCCAGAGUGUCUUUCCCCUUUUGGCAGGCCUACUAUGAGCCAGUUUGAUAUGGAUCGCUUAUGUGACGAGCACCUGAGAGCAAAGCGCGCCCGGGUUGAGAAUAUAAUCCGGGGUAUGAGCCAUUCCCCCAGUGUGGCAUUACGGGGCAAUGAAAAUGAAAGAGAUAUGGCCCCACAGUCUGUGAGUCCCCGAGAAAGUUACCGAGAAAACAAACGCAAGCAGAAGCUGCCCCAGCAGCAGCAACAGAGUUUCCAGCAGCUGGUUUCAGCCCGCAAAGAACAGAAGCGAGAGGAGCGCCGACAGCUGAAACAGCAGCUGGAGGACAUGCAGAAACAGCUGCGCCAGCUGCAGGAAAAGUUCUACCAGAUCUAUGACAGCACUGAUUCUGAAAAUGAUGAAGAUGGUAACCUGUCUGAAGACAGCAUGCGCUCGGAGAUCCUGGAUGCCAGGGCCCAGGACUCCGUGGGGAGGUCAGACAAUGAGAUGUGCGAGCUGGACCCGGGGCAGUUCAUCGACCGAGCCCGGGCCCUGAUCCGGGAGCAGGAAAUGGCCGAAAACAAGCCGAAGCGAGAAGGCAACAACAAAGAAAGAGACCACGGGCCAAACUCCUUACAACCCGAAGGCAAACAUUUGGCCGAGACCUUGAAACAAGAACUGAACACUGCCAUGUCGCAAGUUGUGGACACUGUGGUCAAAGUCUUCUCGGCCAAACCCUCUCGCCAGGUUCCUCAGGUCUUUCCGCCGCUCCAGAUCCCCCAGGCCAGAUUUGCAGUCAACGGGGAGAACCACAAUUUCCACACCGCCAACCAGCGCCUGCAGUGCUUUGGCGAUGUCAUCAUUCCGAACCCCCUGGACACCUUUGGCAAUGUGCAGAUGCCCAGUUCCACAGACCAGACAGAAGCACUGCCCCUGGUGGUCCGCAAAAACUCAUCUGACCAGUCUGCCUCCGGCCCCCCUGCCGGCGGUCACCACCAGCCCCUGCACCAGUCGCCUCUGUCGGCCACCGCAGGCUUUACCACGUCCACCUUCCGCCACCCCUUUCCCCUCCCCUUGAUGGCCUACCCGUUUCAGAGUCCGUUAGGUGCUCCCUCCGGCUCCUUCUCGGGAAAAGACAGAGCCUCUCCUGAAUCCUUAGACUUAACUAGGGAGACCACGAGUCUGAGGACCAAGAUGUCAUCCCACCACCUGAGCCACCAUCCUUGUUCACCAGCACAUCCACCCAGCACCGCAGAAGGGCUCUCCUUGUCUCUCAUCAAAUCCGAGUGUGGCGAUCUUCAAGACAUGUCCGAAAUCUCACCUUAUUCGGGAAGUGCAAUGCAGGAAGGAUUGUCACCCAAUCACUUGAAAAAAGCAAAGCUCAUGUUCUUUUACACCCGUUAUCCCAGCUCCAACAUGCUGAAAACCUACUUCUCUGAUGUAAAGUUCAACAGAUGCAUUACCUCUCAGCUCAUCAAGUGGUUUAGCAAUUUCCGUGAGUUUUACUACAUUCAGAUGGAGAAGUACGCGCGUCAAGCCAUCAACGAUGGGGUCACCAGUACCGAAGAGCUGUCUAUAACCAGAGACUGUGAGCUGUACAGGGCUCUGAACAUGCACUACAAUAAAGCAAAUGACUUUGAGGUUCCAGAGAGAUUCCUGGAAGUUGCGCAGAUCACAUUACGGGAGUUUUUCAAUGCCAUUAUCGCAGGCAAAGAUGUUGAUCCUUCCUGGAAGAAGGCUAUAUACAAGGUCAUCUGCAAGCUGGAUAGUGAAGUCCCUGAGAUUUUCAAAUCCCCAAACUGCCUACAGGAGCUGCUUCAUGAGUAGAAAUUUCAACAACUCUUUUCGAAUGUAUGAAUAGUAGCAGUCCCCUUUGGAUGUCCAAGUUAUCCGUGUCUAGAUUUUGAUUUCAUAUAUAUGUGUAUGGGAGGCAUGGAUGUGUUACAGAAUCAGCUGGUAAAUCCCUCCUCAUCAUCUUUCUCUCAUUUUCUUCUGUUUUCCAUUUGCAAGGGGAUGGUUCUUUUCCUUCCGCCUUUAGUCUACUUUUGCCCAAGGCCCUUAACAUUUGGAGACUUAAAAUAGGGUUAAUUUUCAGGGAAAAAGAAUGUUGACGUGUGUAAAGUCUAUAUUAGCAAGGAAGGGCAUUUUUAAAAGAUGCUUCUGCUGGAUUGAUGGUUUAUUGCGCAUGGCGGUUGGCAGAGGGAGACCCGUGACACAGCACUACUCUGUAGUCAGUGAUGUGUCUCUUGUUUUUACUGCUUGAGAAGGUCGGAAAACUCAAUGAAACCACUUGAUAAACUUAAAUAUUUUGUUUGGUUUGAACUCAGUAAGUCGCUUUUUAUCACACAUUUAAAAAUAAUGCCAGUGGCAGAUGAACAACUCACUUUUCAAAAGUACCCCAAAAGGCCAGAUU